AUGUGUUGUUGCCAUCUUUGUCCUGUGAUGAUUGUUCGCUCGCUAGGGUCGUUAUUCCGAUUCUUACCCUUUUUGUUUCUAUUGGAAGUUUUGUGGGAAGACAUUGUUGUUGAACUGAUUGGAUUGUCCUGGCUGCAACAGCGUUCUAAUGUUCCCAAAUUUGGAAACUGGGAAGGUGAGGAAAAUGUUCCUUACACAGCUUACUUUGACAAAGCCCGUAAGGUUCGAGCACCCGGUGGCAGAAUCAUGAACCCGAACGACCCUGAGUAUAACUCGGAUUCGCAAUCUCAAGCUCCUCCUCCUCCUCAUUCCAGAACCAAACCUGACCAAGUUGACCCGGUUAGAAGAUCACGUGAGCAGACGAGAAGCCGUGAUGAGAGCGAGUUGAAGCAGUUUGGUGAUGCUGGUGGCUCAUCAAAUGAGGCUGCUAACAGAAGACAAGGAAGGGCUUCUCAGAACAAUAGUUACGAGAAGUCGCCAUUGCAUAAGAAUUCAUAUGAUGGCACUGGAAGAUCCAAGCCCAAACCCAGCAUUAGAGCUGACGAAAGUCCUGAAAAAGUGACAGUGGUGCCGAAAUUCGGUGAUUGGGACGAGAAUAACCCGGCAUCAGCUGAUGGAUACACACACAUCUUCAAUAAAGUCCGUGAAGAGAGGAGCUCUGGAGCAAAUGUGAGUGGAUCUUCGAGAACGCCGACUCACACAAGCCCCCGUAACCCUUCCAACACUUCCAAAUGUUGCUGCUUUGGAUUUGGAGGAAAAUGA